UUCUACUUCGCAACGCGGAGGACAGCAGACUUUCGGUAAUGCAACGCGUGCGUUUCUUAACCGGCUGCAGUGCCGACGCCAACACAUGACAUGCAGAGACUUGUGUUUUGUGCUGUGCUAACGGUAGUUUUGUCGCCAUGAACUUUAACUUUGGAGGCAGUGACUUCCAUAAUAUUGUGGUAAGAAGUGAGGAUGGUUUCGUUUCAGUGAGAACUAAUGCCAAUAAUGCAGACGAUGUCUCAAAAUGGAAGGACAUCUUCUGUGCAAAGAACAAUCUGUGUUUCAAUGUGCACCGCACCUAUGAUGUCCAGAGGACAGCUUUUCAUAAGAAGUUUAUCUGCUUACAUGGAGACAAACGCCAUGCCGGUAUUAAGAAGACAAACACAAGGUAUGUUAUUGUUGAUACAUUAUACAUAGAAGUGUAUACUAAGGACAUGUUGAAUAACAAAGCUUGCGAGGCUAUUUCCUUUUUUACUGUUAGAUGGACAUUAAACAAAAUGUCCUAGUAACUGCACCCUACUCAUGCUACUUUUUAUGUUAUAGUUUUCGUACUCUGCAUUUUUCAAUGCAAGCUUUCGCUGUAAGCGAUGAUAAAACUAAGGCGUAUAUAUAUUUCUUUGUAGGUGCCCUGUGACCCUGGAUGUGAAGAUCAGCCUAUUGACCCAGUGGACAAAAGACAAAGACCCAACUCUGAAGAAUUAUCCAUGCACUGUGGUAAUCAAAGGCACCCACAACCACAGUAUUCAGUCAGCGUCUGCUCUGAAUGAGCUCAGAGUACUGCCAAGCACGAAACACACAUUUUUCAGCUAUUUUGAUCUUGGUAUGUCUGUUCCUCAGUCAAGGACAUUUCAUCAGGAGAAGAUGAGCCUGCUUACUGAGGUUGCUAACAACAGCAUAAACCCAAAGUACCGUGCAGUGUCUCACCUGCACGAUGUUUGGCUUAAGGAAAACCAUGGCGGGCUUGGAGGAUUCAGUAUGCAGACUGCCAUUGAGAAGUACUUUCAAAGCAACCCAGGAUCUCUAAUUGAAAUGGAAUUCUCUGAAACGAGCUUCGCUAUUGCCCUCGUCACUCCUCUCAUGCAAAGAAUCCACCAGAAGCUGAAAGAAUCUGCCGAAGUGGUGUUUGUAGACACCACCAGUCACGUGGAUCAGAUUAAUACAGCGGUGACGCUUUUGUUGUGUGCUGGACCAUCUGGCGCCUUGCCUUUGGGCUUGAUCUUCACGUCAUCACAAGAACAGUCCAGCUUUAUCAAAGGGUUCAAACUGCUGAAGCUCGCUCUUGGAGGAGAUGGUUUCUACAGAGUUGGACAUCCUAAUUGUUUCGUGACGGACAACUGCGAUGCUGAGAGGCAUGCCCUGCAGUCAGUAUGGCCUGAAUCACAUUUAUUUUUGUGUGUAUUCCACAUUCUUCAGCAAAUAUGGCGAUGGCUCUGGGAUUCACACCAUGGAAUAAAAAAAGAUGAUCGCCAACGGCUGAUGGCAGUCGCUAAGCAGCUGGUCUACUCAGACUCAGAAGAAACUUUCAACAGUAUAUGGACUUCCUUCAAUGGAAGUGAAGAUGCUCAAACAUACAGUCGGUACUGCAGCUACCUCAGCAAGCUGUUCGAGCGGAGACACGAGUGGAGCAUCUGGGCACGCAAGGGUUUCUUCCUGAGAGGUCAUAACACGAAUAACUUUGCAGAAUCUACAAUUUGCAUUGUCAAGGAUGUUAUUCUGAAUCGGUGCAAGGCCUACAACACAACUCAACUGGUGGUGUAUAUGAAUGAGAUAUUCGAGAACUACAUGAGGCAACGUCUACUCGAUGUUGCUCUGAAGAGGCGCAGAGCCAAGCCUAUCAUGACUACCUCGGUUCGGCCCGAGAAUGUUGAGAAAGUUGAUGGCACCACAUUUACCGUUACAAGUGACAAGGGGGACACACAGUAUGUAGUGGACCUGCAGCUGGGUUUGUGUGACUGCCCCUACGGUCAAACAGGUGCCGUGUGCAAGCAUCAGGUAGCAUGCUCUGAAAUGCAUGCACUAAAAUUACCACAAGUGUUCCACAGCACUCCUACUAAUCGCCAGUUCAUCGCAAGUAUUGCUCUGGGGGACAAAGAUGUACCUCCACUAGAUUUUUCGUUGAACUCCAGGACGAUUCUCUCGUUAAUGAUAAUUCAUCCUCACCAGUUCCGUUGA